AUGCAGGCUUCUGGAGCGUUGAGAGCCGCUGCACAGAGCAGUCGUGCUGCAGCGUCAAGGAGCGUAGCUCGUACGGCAUCAAGAUGUGCUGCUACAUCGCACGCAUCCUCAGCGACGGUCGGUCCUCUGGCAUCGUGUAGCCGCUCCUCAUGUACAGCCUCUAUAGCGAGACGGCAGCAGCACCUCUUCACUACCGUCCGAAUGCUGCAUCAAUCACAUAUGCUGCUUCAGGCACAGAAGUCAGCGUCACCAUCCACGACGCAGCCGUCCACAGCCUCGACCUCAAAGCCACAACCCACGACAUCCACUACACAAUCUUCCACAUCAGAACCCACACAGCAACUAGCAAAGACAGACUCCACCUCGACCGACGUCACCGACUCGAAACCCAACAAGACGCUGACAGAAAGAGCAAAAGAGCUGUGGGCGACAGCAAAGUAUCUGUUCAAGUUCUACUUUAACGGUGUCAAGCAGAUUUGGGCGAAUCGAACCCGGGUGCAAUUGGUACGAGCCCGCGUAGCGGACGGUGGAGCACCGCUCUCACGAGAAGAGUCGCAGUUGAUACAUACGCACCAGUCGGACAUGCGCAAGCUGCCCUUGUUCCUGUUCAUCUUGUUGAUCCUGGAAGAGGCGUUGCCCUUGGUGGUCAUUUGGGCACCGAGCCUGUUGCCUUCGACGUGUAUCUUGCCCAACCAGCUGACAAAGAUCCGCAUGGGAAAGGAGGUGAAGCGCGCAGAAGCAUUCGCACAGCUCGAAAAGUCGGAGAGUCUCAAGCAGCUCGUCCCUGUAGUGCAGGAAUCUAGCGAUGGAGCCAGGUUGACGGAGGCGCAUUCCGGAGAAGCAUCGGCAGAUGUCUUGCAGAAGAUUUCGGCUGAAGAUCUGGCACGACUUGCAAAGAUGUUCUCGCUCUCGACGUGGGGUGGAUCAAGCAUGAUCCGACGACGACUCGAUACCCACCUCUCGUACGUCCGACAAGACGACGAGCUCAUGUGCGUCGAUGGCUACAGCGCCAUCCCGCAGCACGUCGAUGCCCUCGCCAAAGCGUGCGGGGAACGCGGACUGCGCUGUUCGGGCAUCGAGCACCGCGAGAUGUUCGAUUCGCUCCGACACUGGCUCCGCCUGACCACGCGCAACCCGGACACGCGCAGCCUCUCGAACAGCUCGAUCGCCCUCCUCCCCAUGCAGCUGUACAACCCCGCCUCGCUGCAAGACGUCAAGUCCGAACUCGAGGCCGAAAGCAACCGCGGUCUCAUAGACAAAACAAAGGACGUCCUCAGGGAAGUCGUAGAGGAGGAGAAAAAGGUCGCCCACAGAGAGGAAAAGAGCAAGAUCGAAGAACACAACAAGAAACACCAGCAAUAG